AGACAUCACAAGUCGUCCACAUUGUGUCUCAUGGACACCCCGACAAUUAUGUAACACAUAAAUUUUAGAAGUGUCUAGAUGAUCAUUUUUUUGUAAGUUAAUUCAAGUGUUCAACUGACACAGUAAGAUGAAUUGAGAUGUCUGGAUAUGCUUAAUUUAUGUUUCAUAUAUAUAAGAGAAAAGAGUACUUGAGAGAAGCCUUUUUAAAUAUGGAGUACUUAUCACUUGUGGGAGUAGAGAUGAUAGCAACAACUUGUGUUGCAAUUUUGUUAGUAAUUUACACAUGGAAAGUGUUGAAUUGGGCAUGGUUUAGGCCAAAAAAACUUGAGAAAUACUUAAGAAAGAGUGGUCUUAAGGGAAAUCCAUACAAAUUACUCUAUGGAGAUUUGAAAGAGCUUACAAAUAAACUCAAUGAAGCCAAAUCUAAGCCCAUCAAUUUCUCUGAUGAUGUACCUCAAAGGAUCAUCCCUUUUUUCUGUGACUCCAUCAACAAAAAUGGUAAAAAUUCUUUUGCCUGGCUAGGCCCCAAGCCUAUAGUAUUCAUCACAGAACCUUCACUUAUAAAGAUAAUUUUUGAAAAACAUUAUGUGUAUAACAAGAAUAAGCAUUCUAAUCCAUUCGCGAAGUUAUUGGUUCGAGGUCUCGUUACCCUUGAGGAACAGAAAUGGGCUAAAUAUAGAAAAAUCAUCAAUCCCGCCUUCCAUUUUGAGAAACUAAAGCAUAUGGUUCCAGCAUUUUAUCAGAGUUGUAGUGAAAUGCUAAGCAAAUGGGAGGAGGCUGUUCCAAAGGAAACAUCAGUCGAGCUCGAUGUAUGGCCACACUUUCAACUAAUGACCGGUGAAGUCAUUUCUCGAACUGCAUUUGGGAGUAGCUAUGAAGAAGGGAGAAUAGUAUUUGAACUUCAGAAAGAACAAGCUGAGUAUGUAAUGGAACAAGUUUUUUCGAUUUAUAUACCAGGAUCGAGGUUCUUGCCUAGUAAGAAGAAGAAAAGAAUGCUGGAAAUCGAAAAGGAAAUUCAAACGACAAUUAGGUGUAUCAUUGACAAAAGAUUGAUGGCGAUGCAAGCAGGGGAGACUAAUAAUGAAGAUUUAUUAGGCAUAUUACUUGAAUCCAAUACGAAAGAAAUUGAACAACACGGAAGCAAAGAUUUCGGAUUGACAACAAUAGAAGUGAUUGAAGAGUGCAAGUUAUUCUAUUUUGCUGGACAAGAUACCACUUCAGUGUUGCUCGUAUGGACAACGAUAUUACUAUGCCUACAUCCAGAGUGGCAAGUACGUGCAAGAGAGGAGGUUUUGAAUGUAUUCGGAAAUGAAAAACCAGAUUUUGAAGGACUAAGUCGUCUCAAAAUUGUGACAAUGAUCUUGUACGAGACGUUAAGGUUGUUCCCCCCAGCACCGAUAUAUGGUAGAAGGAACAAAGAUGAAGUCAAAUUGGGUGAGCUGAGUCUGAUAUAG